AUGGACAGCCUCCUGCUGAAAAAGAAGACGUUUCUUUACCACUUCAAAAACGUCCGCUGGGCAAGGGGCAGGCAUGAGACCUAUUUGUGCUAUGUGGUGAAGCGGAGAGACAGUGCCACCUCCUUUUCACUGGACUUCGGUCACCUUCGAAACAAGUCAGGGUGCCAUGUGGAGCUACUCUUCCUGCGAUACAUCUCCGACUGGGACCUGGACCCUGGCCGCUGCUACCGGGUCACCUGGUUCACCUCCUGGAGCCCCUGCUACGACUGCGCCCGGCAUGUGGCUGAAUUCCUGAGAGGGAAUCCCAACCUCAGCCUGAGGAUCUUCACCGCCCGCCUCUACUUCUGCGAGGACUACAAGGCCGAGCCUGAGGGGCUGAGAAGGCUGCACCGCGCGGGUGUCCAGAUCGCCAUCAUGACUUUCAAAGAUUAUUUUUAUUGCUGGAACACUUUUGUGGAAAAUCGUGAAAGAAUUUUCAAAGCCUGGGAGGGACUGCAUGAAAACUCCGUUCGUCUCUCCCGACAGCUUCGCCGCAUCCUUUUGCCCCUGUAUGAGGUUGAUGACUUACGAGAUGCAUUCCGUACUUUGGGACUUAGCUGUCGAACUUUAACUUCAGCAUUUUCCACGGCUGCCUCUCAGCACCUUAAUGCAAUCAAAGAGUGUCAUACAACAGAAAGGCCAGAAAAUGGCCAUCUCUGGUCACCUUUUCAGUUAAGGAUGAGACUGAAAUUCCAGCAAAAUUCACUUUCUGCCACAGGGACCUGUAUGAAGAGACCGAUACAAGACUUGAUCCUGAUUCAAGGAGAAAAGGAACAGCCCAGUGUUUCAGUGCCUCAUUUGGUCCAAGACUGUGUGACUAAGAGCCUGCCAACCUUUCUCCAUCCCAAGGCCCAGCUAGAGAAGUUCAAAACUAACACCACACCACCACCUAUUGGUUGUGUAAGCAAAGGGCAAAGUAAACCAAGAAUAGCUACAGGGAGAAGAAUUGAACCCUGGGAAUUUGAAGACUUCUUUGACCCCAGGCAGUUCAGGCGAGAAACCUGCCUGUUCUAUGAAGUCAGGUGGGGCUCCAGCAGAAAUGCCUGGCGAAGCACAGCCAGAAACACCACUCGGCAUGCUGAAGUCAACUUUCUAGAAAGAUUUGCUGCAGAAAGACACUUUGACAAGCCCGUCAGCUGCUCCAUCACCUGGUUCUUGUCCUGGAGCCCCUGUUGGGAGUGCUCCCGGGCCAUUGGGGCAUUUCUGAGCCAGCAUCCUCAGGUGACUCUAGCGAUUCAUGUCGCAAGGCUUUUUCAUCACGAGGAUGAACAGAACCGGCAAGGCCUGCGAGACCUCCUUGCCAGGGGUGUGACUCUGCAGGUGAUGGGAGACUCAGAGUAUGCUCACUGCUGGAGGACUUUUGUCAACUCCCCAUAUGGGGGAGAAGAUCAUUACCCAAGAUAUCCCUCUGAGUUCAUGAAGCUGUAUGCACUGGAACUCCACUGUAUAAUUCUAGGGCUCCCUCCUUGCUUACGGAUUUUAAGAAGAUAUCAGAAUAAGUUUACAUUAUUCAGACUUGUUCCUCAAAAUUGUCAUUAUCAAGUGAUUCCACACCAUAACUUCCUUGUUGUCAGAGGGCACUUCUUUUAA